AUGUUGAAAUAAAACUAGAUUAAAUAGGUCUUCAGCAACAUAUACAAAGAUUAAAUAACUUAUUUCACCAUAAAUUCCAAUAAUUAUGAAUCAAUUUGUAGAUUCUUCAAAUUCGAAGACAGAUUAUCCAAAGUUGAAUUAAACUUGAAUAAAUUGUAAUAAGAAGCUUUUUUUGAAAUAUUUGAUAGCUUAAAAAACUUAAAAAAUUUAACUUUUCUCAAAAUUAAAAUAAAUCAUAAUAUAAAAUUGGGUGAGGAAGAAUGCCUAAGAAUCAACAAUUUAUUUGAAAAUCUUCUUUAGCUUAAAGAUUUUGUUUUAAUAUUAAAAAAUAAUUCUAACUUCAAUAAUUAAAGCAUUAAAAUAUUAGUUUAGAACUUAAAUCUAUUAACUCAGCUAAAAAAUUUGCAAAUAGAAUUUGGAAAUAAUUAUAUUGGCUAUUUUGGAUCUGAAAAUUUAGGUAAAGCCAUUUCAUAACUUACUACUCUGGAGUCUCUUUAUUUGUGCAUUCCUAGAAAUUAAAUAGGAAUAGAAGGAGCAGAAUAAGUAUUUCAAGGAAUUUCAAAACUAACAAAUUUGAUUUAUCUCACUCUUAAAAUUGAAGAGUCUAAUUAAAUUUAAAUUCAAGGUUUGUACCAUCUUGAGUAAUGUCUUUCAAAACUUACCAAUUUAGAAGGUUUAACUUUAGAAAUAGGAAGUAAUUCAAUCAAUUCUUAAGGUGCAUAGUAUAUUGGAAAAGGUCUUUCUUAUCUUAAGAAUCUUAAAGAUUUAAGGAUAUAAAUUGACUAAAAUGAUAUAGGACCGGAGGGAGCUUCAUCUUUAGCUAGCUAUUUUUAAAAUAUUGCCUAGCUUUAGAGUCUUUCAUUUAACAUAGGAGGCUGUAAUCAAAUUGGAGCUAAUGGAAUGAUAGGAAUAGCAAAUGGAUUAAGCUUCUUAAAAAAUUUAAAAGAUCUUUCAUUUGUUAUUUAUGAGAACAAUUAUAUAAACGAAGAAGGUGCAUAUGCCUUAGGAAUGAGUUUGAAAAAAUUGUAAAAUCUUAACAAAUUAUCGUAUAUGAUUUUUGAAGGAAAUAAUGUUUCUAAAGAAGGUGCAAUAGGAUUAGCUGAAGGGGUAAAGAGUUUGAAAAACUUAAAGGAGCUUUCAUUCUCAAUAUGGAGCGAAAAUAAUAUUCCUGAAUAAGGAGCUGCAGAAUUAGGAGAAAGCAUAAAAUUUCUAAACCAAUUAAAGGUCCUUUCUUUUGAAAUAGGCCCUAAUUUGAGACUUUAAAGUGGAAUUUAAAGAUUUGGAUCAUCUUUGGGAUCCUUAUAAAAUCUAAAAGAGUUGAACAUAAGCAUCAACAUUUUCAAUGGCUUUGAUAGCCAAGGAGCUUCUGCCUUAGGUGAUGGAAUUAAGAAUCUUGUUAACUUAGAAAAAUUGAAUUUAAAUAUUGAUUUUCAUAAUAAUAUAAGUGUUCAAGGAGCUUCUUUCUUAUCAUAAGGCAUUUCGCAUCUUUUAGAACUAACUCAUCUUAAUUUGACAAUAAAAAAUUCUGAAAUUGGGCAUGCAGGUGCUGAAUAUUUUGCUAACUCAAUAGUAAAAUUACCUUAAAUUAAAUAUCUCAAAGUGAUUUUUUGUUAACAUGAUGUUAAUAUCUCAGGAGCAACAUAAUUUUUACUAAUUAUUUAAAACAUCAAAACUCUAAUACUUCUAAAUUUCUAAGUUAAAGGUUAUUUUGAUAACAUAUAGAAGUACAAAAAAAUUCUCACUAAAAUAAGAAAGAAUAACUUAAGAUUGUGCAGGUUGCUUAUUUAAAUUUGA